AUGUCGCUGACAUUAAAAUUAUCGUCUUUGGCGAUUCGCACACUUUCUAAACCAAUUGCGACCCAACUGAAAGCCCAAGCGCGUGAACAUGAACGCUUUCGCAAUAUCUGUGUGUCAAUGGCGCAAGCUCUCCACAAGUUUGAUAUGCGUCUACGGAUAGGCUCCAUCCGCGACAACACGGCCUCCCAGCGCCAGGCUGCCGCCGAGGCGCAAGCGAAAAAGCACAUUCCCACGUCCCCGACAGCGAAGACCGAGGCUGAGACGAAGGCGGAAGAGCAUGCAAUAGCAAAAGCCAAAGCAGCAGCAGAGGAAGCGGCAAAGCCACACAAUUAUCGCAUUCGCCCCCUCACUGAGUCAAAGGCAAUCGAGUCCGGUGCCAACUUCAUCAGUGAAAGCUUUCUGUUCCUGGUGGCAGGCGGGUUGAUUAUUUUCGAGUCAUGGCGAUCUCGUCGGAAGGAAAGUACUCGUCGGGAAGGUGUGGAAGAGCGUCUCGCUGAGCUAGAGCAGUCUGAGAAGAUGGCAAGAGAGGCUUUAGUUGCCUUGGAGAAAGAGCUGCUGGCCCUGCAGGUUGCCCGUGGUGAAAAGCUCAAGUCGACCCAUCGCAUUCUACCCCGGGCAGUGUGGGCACAGGAUCCGGAGCUAGAGGAGCCAGAGGUAGAGCAGACCUGGUGGUCAAGUGUCACUUCAUAUUUCUCGUUUGGCCAAGAGUCAUCAAAAACACCACAGUUGACUUUACCACAAAGUAUACCUCAGACUCCAGCGACGCAGGACUCAAAUCUAGCGUCUUCUGUUAACAAAAGUGCUACAUCUGGGCAAGUUCAAGCUUCUGAGUCAAAGAGCUCAUCUUAA